GCCGACAAGCUGGACAUUGUGAUUGUGCCCGUUUGUUCUUUUCGCAAGCAUUUUAACAGUAUCAUCAGUCGAUUUCGUUUGUUAUGACGCUUCGUCGUCUUAUUCUUGUAGUCGAGCGUCUCAAAGCCAAGACUAUUUCCUGAACUUCCCUUAGUCUCUUCCUGGUUAACCUCACCCACCAUGCGCGGCCUCUUGAAGGCCGCCUUCCUGCCCGCCUUGCUGCUAGGACCGGUGUUGGCCAGGCCCUUUUUCUAUUCCACCAAGUCUAAUAAAUAUGCCAUUCCGUCCGCUGAUAUCACUUUUGCCUCUGACCAGGCUGAGGGUCGAGAACUGACUUUCCGAAUCGAGGUUCUCGAGUCCAAGGAUGCUUGUGACGAGCCUAGCGUCACUAUCAACGGCAAGAAACUCCAGUUCGUUGGCCGCGGUGGCUCCCGCGAUACCUUCGCCCUUGGUAAUGGCGAUACCGUCAUUGCCGCUUGGUCCUUCAGUUGCGUCAAGCGGAAGGACCGGCCUUGGGAGCAGUUGAUGACGCUCACUAUCGAUAAUGUGAACCGCGAGCCCGUUAAAGCCCUUGAUUUCAUGCUCCGCUUUCAGCAAGUUUUCCCCGUCCGGAUAGCCAAUAUUGAAGGUGCGGCAACCAGGAUUCACCUCAACGCUGUCCACACGAUCGAGGACGAGAUUUACGCCAGUGGGGAGGGAUAUGGCUAUUCGGACCCGCCGCUUGAAGGUGACCGUCCUCAUGGGCACUCCGGGGACGACUCCCCUCCCCCACCGCCAGAAGACGGUCCUCACGGCAACCCAGACGGCUCUCCUCCUUCACCACCACCACCUUUAGCCGACCGCCCCGGUUCUCAGCCGGACCCAUACUCCCACGGCGCCUCCCACACAUUCAAGGUCGUCGUCCUCCCGGCCCUGCUCAUAGUCCUCGUCGGCCUCGUCAUCAGGUGGUGCUGUCAAGUACGCGCAUCCCGCCACGCGGAGCGCCGCGCCAAACGCGCAGCCCGCCACGCGGCCUGCCAAGCCUUCGUCGCGCGGAUCUUCCCCUUCCGGCGCGGCGGGAACAGGGCCGGCGGCGCACGGGAAGAGGAGGAGGAGAAGGAGGAGGUCAUGCUGACGCGCCACGACGACGACGACGACGACGGUUACGCCUCGGACGGCGGGUCAGAGACGACCAUGGAGGACGAGCUGGCCUCGUGCGUGGCGGCCGCCGACAUGGUGGGGCAGAUCGUCGCGGCCGAGGAGGGCAGGUCGCGGAGGGCGAUCGGCGAGAGGUUCGCGAUGCAGCCGCUGGGCGGUCCGUCGGCUGGCGUGCCUGCGACUGUUCCUGGGGGCCCGCCGAGCCCGGGCGACGAGGUUCCGCCGGCGUAUGAUGAGGCCUUGGAGGGUUCGGCCCUUGUUGCUGAUGGGCUCUGGAAUCCUGACGGCUCGAGCAGGUAUACUCCAUCUUCUAUUAGCUCAGACGGCGGCUGGGACGAGGUUGGACGAACUAAACGCUAGGUGUGCUCGCUCGGCCUGGGCUAGAGACCCCAAUAUGGCGUGAUGUCCUUUCUUUUUCUUUCUUUUUUUUAGGCAGGUAGUGGCAUUGUCAUUGGUAUUAUGACGGCUGGGAUGUAUUAGUACAGUGAACAACCUAGUAAGCACGCUAUAGGAAUUCAUUCAAUCUAUGAAGGAACUCGAUGCAGGGGUACUUCAACGCUCCUGAAUAAACUACCAUAUUCGGCGCCUGG